GGGGGCAAGACGCAGGGAACAAACGUACGUUGAUACUCACCAAUAAGAGAGCAUCUUGUUUCAUAUAGGAUUUCUUGCUUAUUGGAUUGACGCAUUUCUUUUAAUUCCAAUAUUUCUUUCUUAUUUUGUUAGGCGGGCUGUGAGAUUGAUUUCAUCUGGCUCAGCCAUGUGUAUGCCUGUUUGUUGUCUGAUUUGCCUUCAAAAGCCAUGAGUAAAAAAUUUAAGUCUCAAGCAUCUAGCAGCAGAGCUGCCUUUGGAGGGUUUGGGAACUCUGCAGGUGCAUUUGGAAAAUUUUCAACGGAUUCUAUGACUCAAGGAGGCGCUUCUUCCUCUCUGUCAUACAUCGCGGAACCGCCAGAUCUCUCCAGAAUUUCCCAGCCUCAGCUGGUUGUCUCAUUCAAAAAUCUCCUGAAAAAGGAUACUACCACAAAAACGAAGGCGUUAGAAGAUCUGCAAGAUUUCUUAUGUGCGCAGGAUACCCGAAGUGAGAGCUUGGAAGAUGGUCUCAUUGAAGCUUGGAUAAAAAUAUAUCCACGUAUGUCAAUAGAUAUUUCUCGCCGUGUUCGACAACUUGCCCAUGUCCUCCAAGGCCGUUUUGUAUCAUUAUCCGGGAGGCGAAUAGCCCCCUAUAUUUCAAGGGUAGUUGGGGCAUGGCUCGCUGGCCUCUACGAUAGUGACAAACUGGUGUUCCGAGCUGCGCAAGAAUCGGUUGUCAGAGCUUUCCCAACCGAAGAGAAAAGGCAAAGCCUGUGGAAAAUCUACCGAUUAUCAAUUUUCGAAUUUGUUAUCGAUGCUGUACUAGAGCAAACUCCACAGACGUUAAGUGAUAAGCGUACUGUUAGGCCAGAUGAAGCCGAAGCAAAACAUGCCCGCGUUGCCGGAACUGCUCUACAGCUGUUAAAACAACUGCUCGCAAAAUCAUCAACUACCCAACUGGACAAAGAUUCCGACUUUAUAUCAACUCUUAUUACCAGCAAGUCGCUUUGGUCGUUUUCGUGCCACGAAGACCCAUUUGUUCGCCGAUCUACGUAUGAUUUACUUCGGACUUUGCUUUCUAUAAAAAGCAACCUGAUAGAAUGGAAAACCAUCAGCACUUGUUUUCUAUCGAAAGCUCUUCCAACAAGCCAACUAGGUUCUGCUCUUGAUUUCUCUAAUGUUCUAUUAACCUUGACUAAAGAACGCCCCCAAUUAUGGACAUCUGACUAUUCUGGGAAAGUCUCUGCUACAAAGCGACUUUAUCAGUAUAUUAGAAAGGGUUCGGAAGGGGCUGAUGCCGCUUAUUGGGAGAACCUACAACUACUGCUAAAAUCCAUCCCUUUUGGAAUUUUGAUUACCCAACCGGUCAGUGACGACAGCACCGUACAAGAUGCAAACCGGUUAAUGGACACGAUCCACGAUUCAGUUCUAAGUCGGGAAGAGCAGGGAGCCAAUCUCGGCGCUGCCUGGUCAUGCUUUGUCGAUACCGGAUUUUGGAUAUCUUCUUUUAUUUCAGACAAGGUCGCUCGCCAUAAAUUCCUUCAAAACCAGAUUUCGCCCAUCUUAGAACAGUACAUCCUGGGUCACCCUGAUAACGGGCGGUGGUCCCUCAAUGGAAAAUUUGCGCCGGAGUUGUGCGCGAAAACGUUUGUUGUCAUGGCGGAGCAUACCGGCGCGGAGGCUGUCCAGAGCCUCUGGACGAGCCUUUCCGAUAGCCUGAUCGAAACAAUCAGAUUGUCAUCCCCAGAAAAGGCUAUUGGGUUUAAGGAGUCCCAAGAUUCAAUAUGUGCUCAAGCGAAGCGCUUCUUUGAGUUAGAGGGGCAGGUUUUGGCCCAAGUAGCUCAAAAUAGUGGUCUGGCAUUUGUUUCGAACAUUUUCCAGGUGGCUGGCACUCCGUUGCUUCAAGCUUCGGUGGAGCUUCUGAGGUCUCGCAAUGGAAAGCCGUAUGGCGCUGCUUCAAUGAUUGAUGAAGCUAUCGCCAGAACCCCUGGUAUUGCUGCCCAGGUCGAGGGACUAGAAAUGUUUCUCAGCGAAGAUAUCACGCAGCUUCUGUUUUCGCCUUCAGCGGAUCGCCUUAUUUCUAUCCUAUUUGGAUCUCGCGGCAAAAAAGGCUUUCAAUGUGGCCUUAAAAGCUCCAUUGAUACUUUCCUCGAGACGGAUCUUGGAAGUUCAGCAUUACCUGGACUCCAAAAGCUGUUUUCAUGUGUCACUCUCUCUGAUGCUGAAGCACACCCAAAGUUGGAACUUUUAAUCAUGAAAGAUUUAGACAGGGCAUUGCAUAAUACCCGCGAAGCCUGGAUUGAAAUCAUAACUCUGAUCAAAAAUGGAGCCCUACGAAAUGGGAUCAUUCAUCGAAUUCUAAAUUCAUUAGUUGAUAAUCUAUCAUCUGAGAAGAAUAUCCGGGAGGUACUGUAUGGUCUUUUCCAGAUAGCCUUAGGAUGCCCGGAGAUUAUCCGAGGGUUUGUGAAUAGUCCAGAUGGCUCGCGGAUGCUCUCUAAAAUACUGUAUAUCUCUGAGACUUCAACCGAUGAAGUUUCUCAACUUGCCGAUUCCUUGCAAAUCCAUAUUAGAGAUAUAAUAAAAGGGGAAAGUGGGACCCGGUCGUCCAUUGAAAUCAUCCAGCAGAACUUCAGCAAUGUUGGAAUAGAGUCAUUAUCCAUUGAUGCUCUGGUUGGUAUUGCAGAGGAGGUCCUUGCGAAAACGUCCGUGGAAGACAAGCCUCGAAUAUUAUCUCGUUUACUGCCUACUCAAGAUCACUGGGGGCAAGCGUUGGGCCCAUUUCUUCGGAAGCCACUGAAGGCGUCCGCUGCCAUAACUGAAACCCUUGCUGGAGCAGUAUUUCUUGCAGAUAGAUCUUCCCCCGAAGGCCUUUCCCGAGAGCUCGAUUCCGUUAACCGUGACCCUUACCAUUUCUCUUCAGCAUUCCGACUGACAUUCUAUGCUACGAAAGUGCUCUCGUCAAUCAGCCUGGAAUUCAUCGAACAAGAUGCCCGUGAAAUACUGUUCUUCUACCUACCCUUGGCGACCCAGCUGGUUAAUGAUGAUGUAAGUCAGGAAGGCUCAAAGGGUUUACUUGACCUUGAUAUUCCAGACAUUCGAGAUGAAUGCGCAGAGCUGGUUUCAGAAGCUCGCCUUAUCAUUAAGGACUGGCUCCAAUCUGCAUCGCCGAUAACAGAUCAGGAAAAAUCGGCCCCAAAUAUUUUCGAUUUUUGGGAAGAGCAAUUCGAGUCGCUGCAAGGAACGUCUCCAAGCUCAUACAAUGUAGCAGAAACUUUCGCCAAGGUUAUCGGCGAGCGUGAUUCGCCAGGGACGGCGCGAUCUGGCGAAUCCUGCUUGAAGAGGGCAAAGCAGCUAGACGGACCCUCGAACCCGUUCGUUUUACCUUCAGUUGUCGCAGCGUUCAGGGAUUUUAUCGCGGCCAGUCCAUCUGGCGUUCGGUUGUGCAAUGAACUGAUUUCCGAUUGUAGUGUGUUUAAAGUUGAGAAUGGCUCUGAAGGCCUUCGUAAGAUCGUGACUCUCAACCUUCUCAUCUGCGGAGAGAGUAAUAUUACACAGAACGUUCCAAAGCCUAGGCUUGUGUUUCUAGUGAAGCACUUGGUCGAUUGUUUACAGUCGCAAUCACCACCACAGGGCUUGGUUUCGGAAAUCCUGAAGUUGCUUGUCAAUAUUUUACCCUUGAUCAGAGAAAUAUACGGAUCUCACUGGUCGAACAUAUUUGAGUUUCUCCAUAAUUUAUGGGGCGACAUGGCGAUCUCUGAUGAAUCCCUUCCUGCCCUACACUCCUCGUUACGACUUUUCGCUUGCUUAAAAUCUCUUGCGACAAGCGACAGCAACGAUGACUUGGUGGAUAUAUGGACUACUUCCCAGAAGACACAUUCACCAGCGUUGAUAGGGUUACUUGCAGAAUUUGACUCCUCGUUAAGCUAUGACCAGCCUCUCCAGAUCACGGCAAACAUCCUUUCUCGUCAAAUAGUAGGACUACCUAUUGACCAUGUCGAGGAUAUCAAUGACCUUUUCUCCAUUCUCUCGGCGCCUUCUAGAGACAUCCAACGUGCUACAUACGACAUCCUGCACCGGGCGAUCCCUAAAUUGCAAGAGGCAGUGACCCUGGAUGUUGCGUUAUCGGAUGCUGUAGCCAGACUCCCGGAUGAAUUAAUUUCUCUUCUUUUGGAAGUCCCUACCAUCAAUAUCAUAAGUCAGGCUAAAUUUGAUGAUCAUGUAUGGAUCGGGCUUCGAUGUUACCUAUUAAGCUGGAAAACUGUCUUCGAUCACUUUAAUAAUGCUUCACUUCCUGUCCAAGAAAGCUAUGUGUCAAAUAUCAAAGAAAACGACUGCUUGAAUCCACUUCUCGAGUUUAUGUUUGACUUCCUACAACAUCAACAUGGAAAGUUGGUUGACGCGUCAAAAUUUGAUAUCCGGUCUUUCAACCUUGAUGAGUCUGAUCCACCUCAGAAAGAAACACAGUGCAUGCUUGUGCAUUUAUAUUAUUUAUGUUUGAAGUAUCUACCUAAUUUGAUAAAAGUUUGGUGGAUUGAUAGCAAGAAGCGUGUGAAAGGGCAGGUAGAAGCAUGGACGGAAAAAUAUAUAUCACCACUUAUUAUUGAGGAUUCGCUUCAGAGCGUUAACGAGUGGUUCUCGGCCCAGAAUUUUGCUGGUGAGGAUCAGCCGCUGCAGAUAAAAGUUUCUCACAGAACUGCUGAAAUAAUCGCGAGCGUUGAUGUGGAUGAAGAUUCGCCACCGACUUCAGUUGCCAUCUCUCUGCCAUCAACAUAUCCGUUACAGCAAGCUAGUGUUGAAGGUCGUGCCCGCGUUGCGGUGGACGAAAAGAAAUGGAGGAGCUGGCUUCUGACCAUCCAAGGGGUUAUUAUGUUCUCUAAUGGCAACCUUGUUGAUGGUCUGCUUGCAUUCCGCAGGAAUGUCCAAGGCGCGUUGAAGGGGCAGAGUGAAUGUGCCAUUUGCUAUUCCGUCAUCUCAGCAAACAUGCAAACGCCCAACAAGAGAUGCGCGACGUGCAAGAAUACGUUCCAUUCCGAUUGCCUCUUCCGUUGGUUUAAGAGCAGCAACGCUAGUAGCUGUCCACUUUGCCGGAACAACUUCCCAUAUUCAUAAAUUUUCAGCCAUAUUUCCUGUUUCCAAUACCCUUGCCUUGAUAUUAGCAUGUAAGCAGAAAAUUUGCGAAUAGCAUUCUUGACAUUGUACGGCGGAAUUGCGGGGUUUUGGCGAAGACUCUUUCCUCUCUGUGAAUAGAAAAACUCAUUUUACUUAAUUCAUUUAUUAAAGUGUUUCCAUUCAUCUUAUCCCGUAUUUCUCAAAGUAAAGGCUGUAAUGACGAUCAAGCAGAUCUAGCGUGCUUGGGUUGUGGUCGUGGAGGGAUGAUAUCAGCAAGCAACAAGACAACCCCCACCAAAUCCAAACUGCAAAACCAUCACACAAUCUCAAUGCCAGCACCUCAGAUCCCCAACCUAAACACUCUUCGACGAGGGGCUGGAAGAGGCCGCUUGAGGGGGCGUGGAAUCAAUGAACCGACUACUAGCGAUGCGGAGGGCACAGUAGCAAAGGAUAAGAUCAUUCAGCAAACAGACAACGACGCCAGUGUUUCCAGGCUCAGCGCCGUGGACCUAGGAUAUCUCCAUGACCCGUUUGUACAGGUCCUAGUAAAUGGCGGGGGAAUAGGUUCAAGAAGGUAUCCGAUAAUUAAUAGAGGAACGUAUGUGCGAACAACCGCCUUGGAUUCCCUCGUAUACCGUUUCCUAAACACAAACAAGACCUCGCCUCGAAAGAGACAGAUCAUAUCACUCGGCGCAGGAUCAGAUACGCGAGUUUUCCAAUUACUCUCAAAACAUCCGUCCCUUGACCUGGUAUACCACGAGCUAGAUUUCCCAACCAACACAGCAACCAAAAUAAAAGCCAUUCGCUCCUCGCCUCUCCUGCGCAAAUCCUUAGGAAUACACGAGCCAGAGGAUGCGAAUAUAUCAGCGGAUGGAUAUGCUCUGCAUUCGAAAUACCUUCACAUCCAUCCAAUUGAUCUGCGGACGUUAUCGGCUUCCAGCUCACCCACCUUACUGCAGGGCGUGGACAGGACGGUUCCAACGUUACUUAUAUCUGAAUGCUGUUUGAUCUAUCUCUCCCCCACAGAUGCGGUCAAUGUACUCUCCUAUUUUACGCAGGCUGUCUUCCCGCCUUCUUCAACGUCAUCGACCGCCCCAUCUACACCGGAACUCACAUCUAUACCAGCAGCGUCUGCCUCCUCAGUACCCCUAGCUCUGAUACUGUACGAGCCAAUACGGCCUGACGACCCGUUUGGGAGAACUAUGGUGGCUAAUCUCGCAACGAGGGGCAUCCAUCUGCAAACGCUGCAUCGCUACGCGUCAUUAUCAGCUCAGCGGGAAAGGUUGCAAGGACAUGGAUUUGUGAGUGGCCAGGGGGCGGCAGAUGUAGAUUUCAUAUGGGAACGAUGGAUCAGUGAGGAGGAAAAAGAGAGAGUGGCUAGGCUGGAGAUGCUCGAUGAGAUUGAGGAGUGGAAAUUGUUAGCCAGUCACUACUGCGUGGCAUGGGGCUGGAGAGAAGAGAAGGGAGAUAACCCGGAAGGAGGGGUAUUUGAGGAGUGGAAGGAAAUGGAGGGACAGUAAUUUGGCGUGAGAGAAGGAAGAAAGCUCUGGACGAAGGCCUCGAGCGCCAUUGGUAUAUAUAACUGUAUGUGGAUUGGGAAUCUCGUGGGCUGCUUUGCAGAGCAUACAGACCCGACGGCAAUUUUCGCGUUUCCGCCCACUUUGUCUUCAGUGCAGACUCUGUUUUUUUGAAAAUCGGGAGAUCGUGAUUAAGGCUGUACCUUUUUCACCACCUUCUGUUUUCGGAUGGCUCAGCUUGUUGAAUAAUGCGUAUAUCCGGUGCUGGGAUCUAUUUUCGGUUACUACCAUGGGAAAAUCAAUAUGAUCAGCAGAAUCAUUUGAAUGAAGCUAUGCCAACAGUCAAUAUGAGAUUAUGAAGGGUUCUAACACUAUUUUGCUUUCACAGAUGCCCGACGCUCAAUACCGAACCUUUUAACAUCUCCUAUAUUCCACAUACUGCAUCAGCCAACCGGGAACUGUGUUCAGAAUUUCUCAACUACUGGGUUCGUAUAUAUAUUGCUUUCUCGAGCGAGCUCGGAGUUAUUACUUAGGAGGAAAAUAUAAACCGCCCGAUAGCAACCACGAAGUACGAACGGAAGUGGCUACCUAAACAAGACGUAAAUAUGAAACUGGAAGCCGGAGGGGUUGUUCAGCAGAGAUUUCCCUCGAGCCUAAGUGGAUCUAACCGACUCAUUAAGGUUAGUCGCAAAUAUUCCCUCGAGUGCUUCGUGCGUUGGUAUUUGGGUUGGAUACACAGCGAUGAUCAUGCGCGACUAUAAUCCCUUGUCAAACUGAAUUCCGUGCUCUCUCCUUAACUUUUUCCCACCUUUUUCGGGCUGCCUACAUACAGUCCCCCUUUUAUGAAUUAUUUGGCUGUGCCCAUUUGUGUCUCAUUUUCAAGGCAGGAAUGAGGAAAUGAAGAUGUAGGCUGAUGCCGUGGCAUGUGGUCAUCUCGCUGGAGGCUGGCUGCUGGCGAUCAGACGGAUCAGAUUGCACCCACCACCACUCGUCAGUAUCAAUGCAUACAGCGUAGUAGCAUGGUCCAUUUCCGUCCUAGGUGUAUUCAUUUUGACUAGUGACUGCCAUGCGGAUAGCUAAUCCGACGCUUACACUGUGGCGGUUUGGAUAAUAAAGAUUUUUCUACUUCAAGAGAUGACCCGGCCCGGACCGCCGCAGAAGGUUUUCAGGUAUCCGCAACAAUAUGUGGGCGCGUUUAAAGGUUUGAUACAGUCUCAUUUCUACCCGGCAUUCAUCUCUUCCCGUUCUCGGCGAUCAGCUACGCGGAGAAUCAAAUUUCUAAUGUACUUGCUAUGUCCCGAAAAUUCCCUCCAGUUGCUGGUGACGUCAAGUACAGGAAUGAUUCCCGGAAAAUAACAGCACAAAUAUAGUGAUAGGGCGGGUAGGGCUGCGGUUCUCAUUGUUUCUUUGUUCGUGACCCCUUAAAUAGCCAUGGCAGUACAUCUACUGUACAAAUAAUUUACCAACCUCGAAAAACGGAAAGCUAUACGGGUCUAACGCAGGUCUAUCGGUGGGAUUGAUAAUUGAAGGUUUUAUUCUCGGCAUAUUGCUCUAUGCCCUUGUGUUGCAUGCGCUGCUUCGGGUAACAUCAGAGUUCUACCCUGCCCAAGGUAGCCAACUCAACAAUUCUUCCACAUUCUCACGCCGUGGAUGCUUAGAACGUUUUCCAUGCACACUAGGCGAUAACCGGCAGUGCAGACGGAGAAUUUCCAGUGCGCCUCUUUCACUCUAAAAUAUCUUACAAGCACUUCCAUGGGUCAUUCGUUACAUUAAAUGUUAUUGCAGCUUGACCCCCGACGGCGAUCAAAAGUGGCUUGAGUAAUUCUAACAUAUCGCACACAGGUCGAGGUAUAUAAGGAGAAACAACAGCCUCGCGGAAAGACAUUCUUUUUGAACCCUUCUCUACAUAAGCUACAAUUUUCCAGCGUUGAUAUUGCAGGAUACAGAACAAACUUCCUCGAAAUCGCAAACUAUCAACCUCUAUAAUACACACGAAGUUAUCCCAUAUAUUUCCCAAUAUGAAGUUUAUUGACCUAUUUUUCAUUGCCCUGUUCGGCCUUGCGCUCGCAGCCCCAGCCGAAAAUGACAUUCUUAAACGAGACGGUGUCUGUGGAGCCAGGGAGGGAAAAGAGUGUGCUAAUGACGCCGAAUGCGGGAAUAUCCGCGGAUGUAACUGUAAUCGGCCCCUAGGAGAAAUAGCGAAGCCCAAGGGCAACUGUGGACCAGCACGAAAUCUCUAAUGAUAUCUCCCCUCUUCUCGCAUAAAUUCGAAGAGGCUGCAGAAAAGAGCAGCAGGCGCUCGGACUCGGGCCAAGAACCCAUCUGUGCUUCUUAUCAUUCGUUGAUGCAUAAUGGAUUGAGCGUGGAUGGACGAGCGGAUGGAUGGAAUGCAACGCAAUCAUUUGAAUUAUUUAGCUAGCUAGUAGUUUUGCAUGAGAUUCAAUCAAGCCGUUCGUUUAUUUAUAUAUCUCUCAAUGGGAAAAAUGAUCGAGGGAAACUGCGGAAGACACGAUUGUAUCACGCUUCUCAGGAUGGCACUUAUCCUUCACCUGUUAGGCCUGAAUGAGACAGUAUCCGCAAAUAUCAAAAGAGAAUGGAUAUACAUCAAGCGCCGCUAUGCUAUGGAGCAGGAUUUGGA